AUGCAUUCUAUCCUGCAAACAAUUCAUGCAUAUUUGGCACUAUUCAUAUCAUGGAUCUCAAAUACAUUUCAAAAAAUAACUCUUUCAAUACUUGUUUUGGGUCCUGUGCCAAAACAUGUGGCAUUUGUUAUGGAUGGCAACCGUCGUUUUGCCAAACGACUUCAUCUGCAGCCUAGUGAAGGCCAUCAACUUGGAUUCAAAAAGCUUGAAGAGACAUUAGACUGGUGCAUGAAACUGGGCAUUAAAGUGGUGACAGUGUAUGCAUUUUCAAUAGAAAACUUUAAACGGCCAAAAGAGGAAGUUGAUGUGCUGAUGGAACUUGCUGAGCGCAAAUUUGGUGAAUUUGUUACAAAGAGUGAUCUUGUACAGAAGCAUGGCAUUUCCAUCCGAGUCAUUGGUGACACGAAGCUUCUUCGAGAACCAGUAUACAAAGCGGCAUGUAAAGUCACAUCAGAAACAUGCAACAAUACCGGUGCUAUUCUCAAUAUCUGUUGUCCCUACACGUCGCAAAAUGAGAUCCUUGUUGCUAUGCAGGAGGUUGUGCAAGGUGUACAGAGCGGAAAAGUGCUCGAGUCCGAUGUAUGCGAGAAAAUGAUUGAACAAUGUCUGUAUACAGAGGAAUGUCCACCUUUGGAUGUAUUGGUGAGAACAUCGGGCGAGGCUCGGUUGAGUGAUUUUAUGCUGUGGCAGGCUGGACGAGAUUGUUUAUUGCACUUUCCAAAAAAACUCUGGCCCGAGUUUUCGUUUUGGGAUAUGCUUCCUAUUCUACUUCACUACCAAGCAAACUAUGCCAAAAUUAAAGUAAGUCGAUUUAUUCCCAUUACCCAACUCUUGGCAGUUUUUGAUAUGAUCCAUGCAGUAGUAACCUUUAUACCAAUUAUAUAG